CUGCAGCGUAUAUAAAGGGUUGAGCAUGAGCGGCCUCUUACAGUGAAAGCUUCCACCUCAAAACUGCAAACCACUAAACGAAAAUGCCCGCCGACUAUAACGGACGCUGGGAGAUGGUGAGCAGCGAGAACUUCGAGGACGUCAUGAAAGCCCUCGACAUCGACUUUGCCACCAGGAAGAUCGCCUGCCACCUGCACCAGACCAAAGUCAUCGUCCAGAACGGAGACAGGUUCGAAACAAAGACCCUGAGCACCUUCCGGAACUACGAGGUGGACUUCACCGUGGGGCAGGAGUUUGAGGAGCAGACGAAGGCCCUGGACAACCGGAAGGUCAUGACGCUGGUCACCUGGGACGGGGACCAGCUGGUGUGUGUCCAGAAGGGCGAGAAGGAGAAUCGUGGCUGGAAGCAGUGGAUCGUUGGAGACCUGCUACACGUGGAAAUCACCGUGCUCGACAAAGUCUGCCGCCAAGUGUUCAAGAAGGCCCAAUGAGACCAAGGAGACCCUCAUCUGCCAACGACUGCCUGUUUAUAAUGUGAUAGCGUGUAAUAAAUGAAGACCUGUAAUAAAUGGAUUGAACACCAUU